CCGAUAUUGAGUUACGAGGCCAUAUACAAGGUGGCAUCUUGAACCCCUGCCUGUUUCCUAAUCCUACUAGAUUACUUGACCGUCAACGGCCCACAGAUGUGUUUUCCCACCGGUGUACGGAGCAUCUGCACUUACUUAUCUCUACGCCUAUUGACCCUUUCGAUGGUUACAUAUUUCAACUCGCUCCCACUGACGAGACUGUCAUUGCAGAUCGGAGAUCUCCAUCGCCCCCUUUCCGUCAUAUGCUCUAUUAAGUUCGAUCCAUGGCAACCUUGAGUGGUUAGGCAUCAUCAGUGACAACGGUGGCCUGCCUUACCAAGCCCAUCCUCGCUCUCGUUGGAAUAGGAACAAGAACGUGCCGAUACCCUGGGCGACGUUUCCAAGGCUCAACCGUUCAGAAUGUGGCUCCUGUCUCAGGCCGUGCUUUCACCUAGCAUGAAGCCCAACAAAUAUCCAAGAACGAGCCUUGUUGGUUGGUUGGUUCCGGUUAUUUUCAACCGUAUAUCACCACUUAUUAAAAGCUCGCUUAAAAGCUCGCCGCUUUCUCGGGGGAUAUAAGGUAUAUGAUCCCUCUACCAUACCGGCUUUGCACACUCGUACUGAUCGACUGUUCACGUUUCAGGCAGCACAAAGUUCUUAUUAACCAGCCUUGGAUGCGAGUAUACAAAUUUGUCGAUAUGAAUUACUCGACGACAGACGCCUCGGGUAUGGCAAUGAAGUCAUCUGUCUUGAACUUCCAGGACAGCGACUUGCUCUGGAGUAUAGACGCCCACAUCGAGGACAAUACGGUGGUGCCUUCCUCCAACCAACUCCUGUCAGUCUCCGCCGAGAUAGCAGCACAUCCUUUGACCGAGCUGUCGGCGCUGCAUCCCAGCUUCUGUUUCAGUUCGACACAGAUGCAACCAGUAAACCGACCUGACCAUGACUCUCCUGCAUCGUCGUCAUCUCCAAGUAUUUCCUACGAACAGCUUCAAUACGGGAGGGAGAAACAGAGACCUGGGAUAAGAUCAAAGCGACUCAACGACACAACUACAAAAGAAGAAGAAGAUUUUGAGAUUCCGACCACAGAUGAUUGGAUAAAGUCCAAACAGCGCAGAAGGGAGCAGAACCGGAAUGCACAACGAGCACAUCGACGGCGGAAAGAGGCACAAAUUGAGUCUCUCAACGCCGAACUAGAGAUUGUUCGGAGCGAAAAGGAAGACCUCAAAAAGUUGUCUAGCGAUCAGCGUCAGGAAAUCGUGCAGCUAAAGUCUCGUAUAUCUCAACUUGCAAACCAGCUCAAGACCUUGUGCCUGAGCUGAUGACGGUUCAACGGAAGUCAUUCAUAGCGUUCUUGUUUGUUAAAUUUGACCUCAAUUCUAAGUGUUUCUACACAGGGCACCACCGUGUCGAAGGAAGUUGAAGAUCAUGCAAUCGACCUAAUGAUAAUGUUUGUUGUUUCCUUCCCAUUGUAGA